AUUACCUGUAUUUAACCUUCUAACUUGACGCUCAGGUGCACUGUCGAACUGUCGACAAACAUACUUUCCGACAGACGAUCGCAACGAAGUUUCUAGUCUCGGGAUGUGUUCAUGAGACAUGUUAAAUGAAAGGGGAAGAGUGCAGCGAUCGUUUACGAGUAGCGACGUGGGCGAACCGUGAAUUACCCUGAAGCUGCUAAGCCAUGUCCGUAGGCAAUGCGGGCAUCACGAGAGAAAGCUCGAGGCCCUCCAGCUACAAGCGAGGACCGAGCCAAUCUAGCAGCCAGGGGUCUUUGUCUUACGAAGAGCGCUGCGUGGACCCUGCAGAGCCAGGACGCGAAUGCCCUGUGAUAAAUUCAAACGGGAAGGAGUAUGACACCUUCCUGGCUUCGCCAGCCGAGCUCCCGCCUGCCACCCAAACCUGCAAUCCCUGCGCUUCUCCGAGGGCUUGCGGGACUUUCGUGUGCAGCUUCCUGACGUGCGGUCUGUACAGAGUGUGCCUGCGAGCCCCGUGUCUGGCGCCCAAAGAGAGCGCCCCCGAGGAGCCGGAAAAACUGAGCCUUCGUGCAGAGAACCCGGCAGAGGGCAAAGAGGAGGAAGAAGAAGACGAGGCAGACUGGCUGGGGGACGUCUGCAUCGGCGGAGUCAAAGUGGACAGCCCGAGGGAUUAUAUCGAUAAAGACACCGUGACGUAUUUUCCUCAAACGCAGCCCUACCACCCUUCCCUGGAUGAGGUCAUCCGACUGGAUGACUGGGAGGACGGCGAGGAGAACGUGGAUUCGCUGAUCCGCAAGAAGCUGCUGGACCUCUACACAGAAUACCAGAUCGAGGAGUUGGCCCGCUGCACCACCGACUCGGUGUUCCUGCGCAAGAGCAAGGCCAUCAACCAGCUCAUCAACUCGCUAGCCGAGGAGCACCAGAUGGAUGAGCAGGAGGCCGAGUGUCGGUUGGUGCGCGGCAUCAUUCGCAUUAGCACGCGUCGGAGCAAGAAGAAGAAGAAACGGGUGGUGGCCUCGCGCCCGGAGAGGACCCUGUCGGACAGCGGCAAUGAGACCAUGAGGGAGAGCGGCUCCUUAGCGUUCAGCAACAACAACGACUACAAAUCCGAUCCAAACAUCCAAAUAUCGGAAUUGACCGCCUCUGACAAGUGUGCCCGUGACAUUUGGAGGAACAAUGGAGGCCGCGCCUCCAGCUCAACGUCAACAAGCUACUCGGCCUCCCACACAGAGACCGACUCAUCAGGUGUCCCGCUCAUUCGCACGUCUGUCAGAACAUGAAUGCAUCCCCACACUACAGGCGGUCGACAUAGCUACGUCGACGCAAUCUGAAUUUAUGCGCAAGUCGCAACUCAUCACUGUCAAUAUUUGUUAAACCGAGAACUUCCCGUGUACGUCCCCUGCUGCUCUUUUGAGGAGCUAUAAUUGUGUGGGAACACAAAUGAACUCAGGGCUUUUAGUAUUUACACUAUGGUUGUGUGUCCAAUUUAUUUUUGUAAUUGAACGGCUUGUUGCCAACAGCUCCCAAUUUCUUUUUCCAUCCCCCAUUUUGUCAAUUUUGUGUUUUUGUGCAGCAUUUGUAUUGCAAUGAAGGGAGUUGCCCGCUUCAUGAUAAUCAUGAUGAGUUGAAAUGUGCUUUUUUUGGCCCUUAGAAUUAACAAAGUAUUAAUUACUAAGUGAUUUUUUACAUUUAAGCAACGUUCGACUCAAAGCUGUUACUGUUAUCUUCUGAUGGCGGCUCAUGAAAUCCACUUGCCUGACUUUGGACUCAGCUGUUGCUUGUAGUUUUAUGCUUUUAAUGAAUGAUUUAUAUUUGCAAUAUGCAGAUCACACUAAAUGUUUAACAUCUUAAGUUGGUUAGAAAAUAAAACUUGGUUACA